AUGGACCGCUUCAUCCAGCGAACUAGGCCCAGAAAUGAAGACAAACCUCCCCCGCUAUCUACAAAUUCCACAUCCGGCCAGACCUCAGGCUCUCCCAAACCAGACCUGGGCGUCGCAGAACCGCCGAGGAAAAGAGCUCGACUGGUUGAGACCAGGGACAGCGAAGAAGAUGAAAACCCAACGCCGGUUUCUUUAGGUGCUGGCGAGGAUGACUCUGCGGUUCUCGAAUCACACACGCCCGGCAAGAACCCUUUAGAUCAAGAUGUUGAGGAGGGCGCUGCAAUACAGCCGAAGCACCAGACGGCCUUUGAAAAUUCCCUCCCCGCAAUUGCGACCGACAAGGAGGCAAUUAAAGAGUAUGAGGCUAUGCGGGCGUCUCAAUUGUCGCAGGAUGACGGAGAAGAAAAGGCUUCAUCGCGGAUAGACAGCCGGAAGUGGGUCCGGGGGAAGAGCUCCAUCUACGUUGACGCCUUUAACCUGGCACUUGACACCGUCCUAGAUAAUGAGUCGCAUUUGUUUGACGACAAGGAGAAAUGUGUUUUUGCGCAGUGGCGGGACCUAAGCUAUGAGGCUCAGUACCUGUAUGUGCGCCUGUUCUUGCGCAAGGCCGCCUUGUGGCAUCGAGCCGAGCGACUUGGGUACCAUAGCGACAUCUCGGACAUGCCUCUGGCCAUUGGAUGCUUACUCCAGUCCCGGCCAUUGCCUGAUGAUGUGAACCCCCAGCCAGACUAUGAGUUCGAAGGCUCCCAAAGCUGGGAGUUGGGGACCGAGUUUUGCUUUAUUGAUGAUUCCGGCUCCUCCAUCGACUCGAUAGAGGAAGCCACUUCAUUACUAAGUCUCGACGAACUCCGGGCACUAGCUAAGGAGGCGAAAGUCCAAGGGAAAAACAAGGGCGAACUUGCCAAGGCGUUCUGUCGUGCCAGUACCCAACAGUCGGGUCUUAUGGCCGUUGGCCUUCGCCGAUCAAGUACGAAUAACUCAACCGGAUCAGGCAGCGACGAGAACAACAAUGACACGAAUAGGAACGCUCACUUCUUAAACAAAAUCUUCGCCAUAACCGGUCACUUGAUUCGAAUAUCAGAACCCGUGUUCAAACUAUUCGAGCGUGUGCAUUUGGUGUUUUACCGCUCGACUGAGUGGUCUGAGAAGUCGCUCACGACGAUCAUCUUGGCCAAGGUUGCUAGGAGAAACUAUCCGGACUACAUUGUGUGCAGGUCAACCAACAUCUUCGCCUCGCGCCGGCAUCUUCUUGAAUUUGAGCUGUCCAUGAGAAAAGAAUUCGACGUUGAUAGCGUGUUGGAAUUCAAUGGGCCACCCGGCGAAGAAGGUUUCCGCAAGGUCCUCGAAGUGUUUGACAGCAUAGCGCCCCGCUGGCGAGAGCUUAUUAAAGAGGAAAACGACCGGGAGGACCAUGUGUACGAGUUUGGCGAAGGAGGCUAUCUCCGUCGAUUCAAUGCGGGUCACGCCUUCACUCGGAUCGCGCACAAAACUGCCCAUAUCCUCGGCCGAUUGCACAAAUACAAGGAGGAACACGAGCUGCUCACUGAGCUUCUGGGCCAGCACCUCUUUCACCCUGCUCGCCGCGGCUACUGGUAUCAACGUAGGGCCUUGCUUGAGGAGCGGUACAUGUGGGAAGCGGAUCCGGACCCGGUGUCGGUUGACCCUGAGGUUCGAAAAAAGCACUGGCAGCGCAUCGCCGUGACGACCUGCGAAACCGCCUUGGAAGAUCGCGAUUGUCAUCUCAUCUACCACUACGACCUUCAAAAACGCCUCGUCAAACUUGAGAAGAAGCUACGGGUCCCUCGUCGUCUCCAGCAUGACUUUGGCCAUGUGAAACUACGAGAGCCGGAAGAGCACACAGUGGGUGGUAUCCAGGUGGUGCGAGAUGAGGGGACAUUAAGGGGGAAAGUUGGGGCGAAGACGCUAUGGUUGGACGAGCUAGGUGAUCCGGGCGAGGAUGGUCGGCCUCUUGAGGUCAGCGUUGAAGAGAUGUGUCUCUCACAUUAUCGCACCCAAGGCUGGAAGGGCUAUCACAGCGAGGGCGGUAUUUUACGGACGCUCUUUGCCUACCUGUUCUUCGACGUUUUGUUCGUCUACAUCCCAAACGUUUUCCAGACAGCAUUCCAAACGUGCCCGCUGGACCUACACACCGAUGCCUUCUACCCGGCCCGGGCGAGUCAAAUCAACCACCGACUUGUCGAAAUCGCCAACGGCGGGGCCACUAGGAUUCUCCGGGAGGUAUACGAGCGGGAACACGAACGCAAGACGUGUGUUGUGGGGCUGAAUUGGGACUUUGGAAUUGACGACCUCGCUGAGUUGGUGACCUGCUUUGAUGGCGGCGCACUCGCGGCCGUGUGCAAAGUCUUCGCCCAGGAGUACAAGGCUCGAGGAGGCGGUGUCCCGGAUCUCAUUCUCUGGCGGACGCACGAAGAUGAGCAGGAGGCCAACGGCAAUGGCGACCGCCCAAGUGGGGAAGUCAUGUUUGCGGAAGUCAAGAGCGCCAACGACCGGCUUAGCGACACGCAACGUCUAUGGAUCAAUGUUCUCACUGGGGCGGGAGUACGCGUUGCGCUGUGCAAUGCCGUGGCACGCGAGGUGCGUCCAGGUUGA